CCGGCCGAGCGCCGGGGUCCCGCCAGGCCCCGCCAGCCCCGCAGCGCAGGUGCCCGCCCUGGGCCCGCUCACCGCCUCCGAGCCCCCGCUCCUUGACCCGUGGGCUGCCGCCCUGCCAGGCCCGGGAUGCCCUUUCGCCGCGGGACCCGUCCCUGGCCCGGAGCGCCCCGUGGGCCUGGGGCCGCCGUGACGCGCCCCCGCCGGGCCGGGCCCCCCCCGGGGCCUGCGCUGCCCCCCGCGCGCGGGCUGCCCGCGGGCCGGAGCCGCCCCUGCCGCUGUCUGACCCUGGCGUUUAAUCCCCCGCAGAUGUGGCAGCCGAGGGACCGCACCGGGAGCGCGGAGCCGCCCCUCAGCCGCCGGCCCCCGCGCCGGGACUGGCGCUCGCUGCUGCUGGACCUGGAGCGGAUGGUGCCGUGGCCCCGCGAUGGGGGAGCGCCCCACACCGAGAUACAGAUACUGGCAAACGUCCUGGGUUACAUCCUGUACCUGCAGAAGACGCUGAGCAUCACCCAGCUGAUGUCAGGCCAGUCUGGUGACAGUGACACUGCAGAGGAGAGACAGAGCACUAGAGCCACAUGCAGGCAGCGGCUGGUGUUCUACAAGGAAGAGGAGGGGGAGGUGAAGGGGACUGGUGACCCCUGGCUCUGCCCUACCAAGCUGUACUGGGAGACAGUGGGCUGGGACGAGGUGGUCCCCCUGUCCCCAACCCCACGACAGAAGGGGCUGCUGGGGCUCAGCCCUUCCCUGCUGGCCUCACCAACCCCCCCGGGGCCCCCUGAAGGGGUGAUUCGAGGUGAGUUUGGGGGAGCUGGGGAGGUGACCAGCGUGUGUCUGUCUGUCUGUCUGUCUGCUCAGUGUCGCUGUCCUCCAGAUCUCUUCCCAGACGUCUACCUCGGCACACAGGGGACACAACUGUCCCCACAGGCCCCAGCAGUGGCACAGCAGGAGCCGGUGGCCAGUGGCAGCCGGGUGACCCCCAGGCCGGUCCCAGCAGGGACAGGGAAGCGACGCCGGAGGCGAGGAGAGGCUGGCUCCCCCUGCCCCAAGAAGAAAUGUGUGAAUGGGUUCAUCAUGUUCUGUCGUCUCAACCGCAGACCCUACAUGAGCACCCACCCGGGGCUGACCUCCAUCGCGGCCACAUGCGAGCUGGCGCAGCUCUGGCGCAGCCUCAGCCCCGAGGAGCAGCGCCCAUACUGCCUGCAGGCCCGGCGCUUCAGCCGUCAGCAGGACCGGGUGGUGCGGCUGGACAAGGACAGGGAUGGGGACGGGGACACUGACCCUCCCCUGCCCUCCUGGCUGCUGCUGGCCGCUCGAGCUGCCGAGCUUAGGCAUCACUCUCUGAAACCCUGAUGUUUCCUCCUCCUGUCUCCAGCCCUGUUUCCGUCCUCCCUCCAUCCCUGUCCCCAUCCCCACCCUGGGAUCAGCUCCGUUCCUCAUGAGUUUAGCUCCAAGCUGAAUAAGCGGUUGGGGUGAGGAGUGCCAGGCCUGCUCUGGAGGGGAAUAGGCAUCUCUGGGAACAGCUGGGGCUUGCUGGGGACACCUGAGGCCCCCUGGGCCAGUGGCCAUCCCCGAUGAGCACUCACUGAGUUGGGCAAUAAAACUCUUUCUGUGUCUGUGUC